CUGUAUCUUCUUUAUACAUUCUCACGCGGCUCUCUUUUUCUCAUACAGAACACACACAUCUAUCACUAUCCAGACAAAACAACCUUACAAACCACAAAAUGCCCGAAGACACGACGGACCCGGAAUCCAACAACAAGGCCUUCGUGCCCCUUGAAAACAACCCAGAGGUGAUGUCGCAGCUGAUCCACCAGCUCGGCCUCCCGCCCACCCUAGCCUUCACAGACGUCUACUCGAUCGACGAACCCGACCUGCUCGCCUUCGUGCCGCGGCCCUCGCACGCCCUCCUUCUCGUCUUUCCCGUCUCCCGCACCUACGAAACCGCCCGCGUCACCGAAGACGAGCCCCUACCCGCGUACACGGGCUCCGGCGCCACGGAACCCGUGAUGUGGUUCAGGCAGACCAUCCGCAACGCAUGCGGCCUCAUCGGCCUGCUCCACGCCGUCGCGAACGGCGAGCCCCGCCGCCAGAUCCUGCCGGGCUCGGACCUGGACCACCUGCUGCGUGAGGCCGAGGCGCUAGACCCCCUGGCGCGCGCGGACCUGCUGUACGAGAGCAAGGCGCUGGAGAGUGCGCACGCGGACGCGGCCAAGCUGGGCGACACGCAGGCGCCGCAGGCGGAGGAUAAUGUGGACUUGCACUUUGUGGCGUUCGUCAAGGGUGGGGAUGGCCGGUUGUGGGAGCUGGACGGGCGGCGGAAGGGUCCGCUGGAAAGAGGAGUGCUGAAUGAGGAUGAGGAUGCUCUGAGUGAGAAGGCGUUGCAGUUGGGGGUGAGGCGGUUCUUGGAUGUCGAGGCGCAGGGCGGGAAUCCGGAUUUGAGGUUUAGUUUGGUGAGCUUGGGCCCGAGUUUUGAAUAGUUGGUCCGGACUUGGUCAUGGCCGUCUUUUCCCUCCCUUUCCCUGUUAUCUUUUAAAGUAGACCGGUGAGUGAUGCUUGCUAGGGAUGUAAGGUAGUGAUGCUGAUACCCUGCUAUCCACUUAUUGGGCAUUGGCUACUGGGAAGUGAGAACUGUAAAUAGAUACUCUCCGAAGCCAGGAAUAGAG